AUGAACGAGGCCAAAUCAAUAUCGUCCCCUGAUCACGAAGCUGCGUCUCCGAAGUCUUCAGGUGAAGAGCAGCAAGGCACAGUCAGACCCGUAACACGAACGAAUGCUUCUUCUUUCGCCGCCCCGACUAGGGCGUCUGAAGCGAAGAAGAACGAGAAAAUUGAACUUGCUCAGUAUGGGAAGAGGGGGGCGUCGGCAAGAGAACCGUCUAGCCGGCCUGGUAGUGCGAUGCGGCAGUAUUCGUCUCCGGGGUUUGGUAGUAGACCGCAAAGUCGUCAGCGGUGGGGGGCUGGUACGCCCAUGCGGGAUGGAGAUGAUGAUGACGUUGACAUUGAUCAGAAGGAUGCAUAUGACGACGAGGCACACGUCGAUGAUGACGACUCUAGUCAAUUUGAUAGCGAUGUGGAAGAUGAAGGAUGCGGAGAGGAAGAAAAGGAAGAAGAAGCAGCGCCUAUCCUGGAAGGGAAGGAGUCGGAAGAGAAUCCGCUAGAAAAGGAGGACCCCGAGGGAAACAAGCUAGAAGAGCAAGAGCUCGAAAAGCAAGCACAAGAGCAAGAACCAGAGCCUGAAGAAGAGCUGACAACACAGGAACAAGAGCAAUCGUAUGACUUAGAAGAUCUGUUGGCCCAGGAAGAGCCACAGGAGCAUCGCGAUGAGGAUUCCAGUCCUGAUGUUCAGGAACUACAACAGAGGGAAUCACCCUUGACGCAAGACGAUGUGGCUCCAGUGUCACAAGAAGAUCACGUUGAGAAUGUGGAAAACCAGGCCGCGGCACCUCAAGACCAGACUGAAAGCGCACCGCCGCAUGGUAAUGAGGAAAAACCUAUCGUUCCGCCCGAGAUCGUUGCAGAGAUACAAGAGCUCCAGAUCAAACGUCAAAAGGUGGAGGAAGAGCGCGACGAGGCGAUGAGACAGCGUGAAACCGUAUUACAAGAGUUGCAAACCGUCAAAGAAGAAGCGACGAACCUGAAGCAAGAGUACGAAAAGCUAUCUAUCCAACUUCGUGAGAGCGAAGCCAAGAUCGCAGCGCGCAAUGCACGCGAGCCCGGAUUACCUCCUCUCGAAGAGGUCGAAGCGGAGAACAAGAAGCUUCGAGCAUCGGUCGAGCGGACGCGGUUAGAACUUCAGGCGAAGAAAACAGAGGCAGAAGAUGCGACUGCUGCCUGCAAGUCGUUUGAUGACUCACUGAGGGAAGUGGACGAGAAGCUAAGGAAUAACCAAGAGUCUAUCCGUACGCUCUGUGAAGUUGUCAACCAAGUGGCCGAGAACCUGCCAAUGAUCUCAAAAUGCGAGACCAAAGAGCUCGAUGCAGUUUUCUUGAGUCUUUCGCAGGAUGAUGAGACUGGAAAGCUGCGAGGUGAGUUUCUCAAACUGAUCAAGAACUUCAAUGGCAACUUUAAAGAGUUGCGGGAGCAGAUCGAAGACUUGGAGCGGGAGUUAGCGGAGAAAGAAUACGAGAUUAAUAGUUUGGGAAAGACCAUCGAAAUCGAGAGGAAGGGGUUGUUAAGCCCCGGUCUACCAAGUCCGCAUCCCAUGCAAACUGGUAAGAAUGAAUGGGAACAGUACUACGAACGGGAAAAAAAGAAGCGCCGUGAUGCAGAGUCGGAGCUCGCCAAAGCAAAGAAACAGCUGUUACAACUCCAGCCCGAGAAUGAAAGACUACAAUCAGACCUUAUCAAAGCGGAAGAAGAGCUCGCAGAGUUGCGGCCCAAGAACGAUCAGUUGGAAAUGGAGGCCAAAACCUGGAAGGAAGAACUUGAAGAAAACAAGGCCCAAUUCGAACAAUGCAGUCUCGCAUUCGAAGCUAACAUGUCCGAGCAGCAGCUGGAGAACUUCCGAUACAUCAGAGACUACUACCAAAAAGUCAAAGAUCACGCUCACUGGGAAGUCCAAGGCCUCCAACAAAAGCUCUCAGUAGCAGACCAAGUAAGGGACGCACUCAAACGGGACUACAAACGCGAACAAGGCGUCAACAUGCGCUUGGAGGACGCGGUGGUUAGACUGAGGAAGAGCGUCAAAGCCCGGGAUAUCCAUAUCGGAAAGACAGAACAGGCGUUCAUGCAACAAGCACCGUUCCCUAUCCGUUCACCAAGUACCUCUGGUAGCCGCACACCUGAUAGCGAUACCUCGUCGUCUACUUCACCUUCUUUGAUCUCGGACUGGACUCAUCCGCUCGAACGCGUCAAGAGGCCUCCGCUCAUCCCCCGCUGCCACCUCCCCGCCGCGAUUCAAGCGCGCGAAGCCAGACUAGAUACCUAUAAACGAGAACUUGAGGAAGCGCGAGAGGUAGAGAUCUUCAAGGCCAACGUGAAGCCACGCGCAUCGACAGCCAGGGGCGGAACUAUUGCGACCGAUAUUAUGGAAGAAGUGCGGAAAUCGAGCAUGGGGCCUCUGUUUCCGGUUGAAAAGACGGGGUGGGCGGAUUCGAGCUGGAAAAGUGCGUGGGAGAGGUGGGAUGGGGAUUACUGGGCGAGGGAGUUUGCGAAGGGGAAUCAAGUGGAUUUCUUGAGGAAGGUAGGGGUUUGGCGGAGGGAUUGGGAUUAG